AUGUCUAUACCAGCGGAAUGCACAGUUCUCGUGGUCGGCGGUGGCCCAGGAGGAUCAUAUACUACAUCCGUGCUUGCCAGAGAAGAAAUUGAUACCGUAUUGUUGGAAGCCGAUGUUUUCCCAAGAUACCACGUUGGUGAGAGUAUGGUGCCAUCUUUGAAGCACUUCAUGGAAUUUAUUGGUGUCUUGCCUGAGUUCGAAGCCCAUGGUUUUGAAAUAAAGAACGGAGGAACAUUCAAGUUCAACAGCAAGCCACCAGGAUAUACCAAUUUUAUCAAAGCCGGAGGCCCUAAAAACUAUACUUGGAAUGUGAUACGAUCCGAGGCAGACAAAAUAUUGUUUCAUUAUGCCGAUAAGUGCGGUUGUCAAACAUUUGACGGCGUGAAGGUCACUUCCUUGGAGGUUCGAGCGACUGAAUCAUCAGCAACCAGCAAAGCUGACUUCCCCGAGUCUGCAUCUUGGACACGAACAGACAAAAGUUCUGGGAGAAUCCGAUUCAAAUAUCUGGUGGACGCAAGCGGGCGAGCCGGCUUAAUGAGCACGAAGUAUUUGAAAAACCGACGGUACAAUGAAGGCCUGAAAAACUUGGCCACUUGGGGAUAUUUUGAGAACGCUGCAACGUAUGGAGUAGGCACUGUUAUGGAAGGGUCCCCCUACUUCAGUUGUCUUGAAGACGCAUCUGGCUGGAUUUGGGUGAUUCCCCUUCACAACGGAACAACCUCCGUUGGCGUUGUUCGACACCAAAACAUUGUCAAGGCUAGAAAGCAAGCAAUAGGAACGCCAUCAACCAAAGACUAUUUUCUGGGCUGUUUGCACGAAGCACCUGGAAUCAUGGACCUUGUACAAGAUGCGGAGCUCGUCUCCGAGGUCAAAUCUGCGUCGGAUUGGUCGUACAAUGCGUCAUCUUACGCGGCUGCCAAUGUGCGCAUAGUCGGGGACGCUGGAUGCUUCAUCGACCCACUCUUCUCAUCUGGCGUUCACCUUGCUCUUCUUGGGGCUCUGUCUGCGGCGGCUUCAAUAUGCGCGUCUAUGAAAGGUCAGUGCAGCGAGCGGGCUGCCGGGGAGUGGCACUCCAAAAAGGUUCGCGAGGCGUACACACGCUUCUUGCUGGUUGUGAGCAGUGCAUAUAGCCAAAUGGCCCACAAGGACCGUCCUAUACUCAAUGAGCUGGGCGAGGAGAGCUUUAAUCGAGCUUUUGAUUAA